CGAGCGCGGCCGAACCCAGCCGAGCCGAGCGCGGCCGAACCCCGCCGAACCGAGCUCUGCCGAGCCCGCGCGGAGCCGGGCGGAGGCGAGCGGAGGCGCGCGGAGCCGAGCGGAGGCGAGCGGAGCCGAGCGCACGAUGUACUGCGCGUACCCCGCGGGCGCAGGGUCGCUGCUGUACUGCUGCAGCGGCAAAGCGGUGUACGCUCCGUCCGCCAGCACCGCCGACUACAACCGCGACUCCCCGGGAUACCCCUCCUCCAAACCCGCCGCCAGCACUUUCCCCAGCUCCUUCUUCAUGCAAGAUGGGCACCACGGCAGCGACCCCUGGAGCUCCUCCAGCGGGAUGAGCCAAGGCAGCUACGCCGGGAUGUUGGGAAAUUCCUCCCACCUGCCCCAGUCCGGCAGCUACUGCAGCCUGCACCCCCACGAGCGCCUGAGCUACCCCUCGCACUCCUCGGCCGAGCUGAGCUCCAGCCUGCCCCCGAUGUCGUCGUUCCACCGCAACUCCAACUUCAGCUCGUCCUGCACGCCCCCGGCCAACGGCGCCGAGCCCAUCCUGGCCUCCCGCGGCAGCGGCGGAGCAGCCGGCGGCUCGCAGACCGGGGACGCGCUGGGAAAAGCUCUCGCCUCUAUUUAUUCUCCAGACCACACCAACACCAGCUUUUCAUCCAACCCUUCGACUCCGGUCGCUUCUCCCCCUUCUCUCGCAGCAGGCUCAGCAGUUUGGUCUAGGAAUGGAGGGGGAGCGUCUUCAUCACCCAAUUAUGAGGGGCCCUUGCACUCCUUGCAGAGCCGCAUCGAGGACCGCCUGGAGCGCCUGGACGACGCCAUCCACGUGCUGCGCAACCACGCCGUGGGCGCCGCGCCCAUGGGCGCCGCUGCCGGAGACCUGCACGGGCUGCUGGGCGCCGCGCCCAACGGCGCCAUGGCCGGCCUGGCCUACGGCUCCGGCAUCCUGGCCAACCGGCACUCCCUCAUGGUGGGGGCUCACCGGGAGGACGGCGUCGGGAUCCGCGGGAGCCACUCGGUGCUCCCCAACCAGAUCCCGGUGCCGACGCUGCCGGUGCAGUCGGCGACGUCGCCCGAGCUGAACGCGGCCCAGGAUCCGUACCGGGGGAUUCCGUCGGCGCUGCAGGGGCAGAGCGUUUCCUCGGGGAGCUCGGAGAUCAAAUCCGACGACGAGGCCGAUGAAAAUCUGCAGGAUCCCAAACUGGCCGAGGAGAAGAAGCUGGAAGAGGAGAAGAAGGAGAUCAAAUCCAUAACUAGGUCAAGAUCUAGCAAUAACGACGACGAGGACCUGACGCCCGAGCAGAAGGCGGAGCGCGAGAAGGAGCGGCGCAUGGCCAACAACGCGCGCGAGCGGCUGCGCGUGCGCGACAUCAACGAGGCCUUCAAGGAGCUGGGCCGCAUGGUGCAGCUGCACCUCAAGAGCGACAAGCCGCAGACCAAGCUGCUCAUCCUGCACCAGGCCGUGGCCGUCAUCCUCAGCCUGGAGCAGCAGGUCCGAGAGCGGAACCUGAACCCCAAGGCGGCGUGCCUGAAGCGGCGCGAGGAGGAGAAGGUGUCGGCAGAGCCGCCGCCGCUGGCGCUGCCCGGCGCCCACGCCGGCAUGGGCGACGCCGCCGGCCACAUGGGACAGAUGUGACACCCAGGUCGGAGGCGCCGGAAAAAUCACGAUUUUUUCCCCCAAAAUCUCUUUUUUUUUGGUAAAAUCCCGACAAGUCUGAGCGAAUUCCGCCAUCCCAGACGCGCCAGAUUCCUGAGGAAAAAAAUUCCCGAGGAAACGUUUCCCGGAAAAACGUCGGAAAAAGGAAAUUCCGAAGGGAAGCAACUGCUCAGCGAAAAAUCUUCUUUUUUUGGGGUUUUUUGGUGUUUUUCCGCACUGUGGGACGACUUUGUGCCUAAAAAAUUCCUGGAUUUGGGGGUUUUUGGAACAAAAAAAUGGAAGAGAUCCUAAAAAAGAAAAAAAUCCUAAAAAAAAUAAAAGAAAUGGUGAAAAAGCCUAAAAAAAUAUUCAAAAAUUAUGAAAAAAAACAAAAAAAAAAUUUAAAACUUGUUUUGAAAAAGGAAGAAUUUCCUUUAAAAAGGAAGAAUUUUCCUAAAAAAAGGGAAAAUUACCUAAAAAAGGAAAAAAACCUUAAAAAAGGAAAAUUUUCCUGAAAAGGGGAAAAUUUUCUAAAAAAGGAAGGAAUUCCUAAAAAUAUAUAAUAUUCCUAGAAAAAAAAUUCCUAAAAAAUUCAAAAAAAAAAACCCUAAAAAAAUUCCUAAAAAAAAUCUCUAAAAAUUUAAAAAAAAAAUUUUAAAAUUCUUUUAAAAAACAUAAAAAAUAAUAAAAAGUUCCCAGAUUUGUAAAACCUGAGGGGAAAAAAAAUAAAAAACAAAAAAUAUUUAAUUUCAACUCGCAAUAAAUAAUAAAAAUAAAAUAAAAUAAAAUAAAAGUGUACUUCCGAAGAAAAAAAGAGCAGGAAAGAUAAAAAUAAUAAUAAAAAUAAAAAACGACGGGAAUCAAAAAAUAAAAAAAAAUUCCCGGAAAACCAGCGAGAAAUGGAAAAAAAUGAAAAUAAAAAUACAAAAAAAAUUCCGAUGUCGUUUUUAGCCAUUCCAUAGGGUAGGAAAAAGUAAAAAAUAAUGAAUCUUAUACAAAAAAAUAUAUAAAUAUAAAUAUAUAUAUAAAUCUAUAUCAGAAAUUUAGUGAAAAAAAUGAA